AGAAGAAGAAGAAGAAGAAGAAGAAGAAGAAGAAGAAGAAGAAGAAGAAGAAGAAGAAGAAGAAGAAGAAGAAGAAGAAGAAGUAGAAGAGUGGCGCUCUGCAGUAGCCACUGAUCUCCAGCAGGGGGCAGCAGCGCAGCGGCAGCUGCAGCACAGCUUGUAUCGAGAAGAAGAGUCUGGGAGAGCCGGAAGGAUGCCUUUCCACUUCUGCCCUCAGUGUGGGGUAAAGUUGCAGCCAGACUUCAAAUUUUGUCCGUCAUGUGGCGAGAAGCUUCCCUGUGCCGCUGAUGAACCGGAGCCUCUGGCCGCCGCCGUGUCAGCAUCUGUACUCAGAAUGAGUCCUGUGCAAAGCACAGAGCCAACCCACAUUCAGGCUUCAACACGUCCCCCACUACGAAAGACCCGAAAAUCUCUUCGCUUCAACAGUGAAGCAAAUCCUAACAUCCCAGAUGCAAUUCCAUCUGUAGAGUCGUCAGCUCAUCCUCUCAAGGAUGACAAAACUCAAGCAGGUCGUGGUGUUGUACCAAACGUUUCCUCUUCAGAACAGCACACAGUCACCUUUAAAGUCGACCCAGAGGUGGAGCCAGCCAUGCAGUCGUCACCCUCUCCCGCCAAAAAAUCGCUUCGACCCGUCAGGAGAAAAUCCAAACUCUCCACUCCAGAAGGAAAAAGACCGUCUGAAGCGUCAGAGGUUGACGGCUCCUCUGUGAACGUCUCCACUCCUCCUCCACCUCUGAAACUCAUGUCUCCUUUGAAAGGAAAAAGCAAAGCCAAGAAGGUGAAACGUGCAUCCGCCGUGGAGAAGCUGCAGGAAGGUGAAGAAGUGACAGACACAACAGGAAAGAAGUGGAAGCUGAUGAAACUGCUCAGUCAGAGCUGGACGGAGCUCAUAUACGAAGUGUCACAUCCCAAUGCCAAAGAAUCCAAUCACGUUCUCAAACUGGGAGCAAAUGAUGGGAGAGUCUUCAAUGAGCAGAACUUCCUGCAGAGAGCAGCCAAACCUGCAUCAGUGGAGAAAUGGAUCAAACAAAACAAGAUGGACUUUCUGGGGAUUCCCUCCUGUGUCGGCUUCGGCCGCCAUGCAGACUCUUACAGGUUUCUGAUUUUCCCCAGCAUGGGUCAGUCUCUGCAGUCAAUCAUUGAGGAAGAAAACAAGCUCCUGUCUGAGAAAGUCGUCCUGCAGCUCGCCUGUAGAAUAUUAGAUGCGCUGGAGUAUCUACACUCAAACGAGUACGUCCAUACUGAUAUUAAUGCUGAAAACGUCUACAUUAAGCCAGGACAGAAAUCCCAGGUCUACCUUGUGGGCUACUGCCAUGCCUUCCGCUACUGUCCAGGAGGGCAGCAUGUGGAGUACCGUGAACACAGCCGCAUGCCACACGAGGGCGCCAUCGAGUUCAUCAGCCUGGACGCUCAUAAAGGACUAGGUCCGUCUCGCCGCAGUGACCUGCAGUCGUUGGGAUACUGCAUGCUGCACUGGCACACCGGCGUGCUGCCGUGGGCCGAGCUCACUGAGCCGGAGCAGGUCGCCACCCAGAAGCAGCGGUUCUUGGGUGACGUUCCUGCUCUGUUACAUCUCUGUUUUGGGAAGAACAAAGUUUCGACUGCGUUUCAAAGUUACCUGACCUCUGUGAUGGCCCUGCACUACGCCGAGCAGCCCAACUACUCAGCGCUGAAGUCUGGACUCAGCGACGCUCUGCUGCUGCUCGGCGGGUCGGUGGAAGAGCCGCUCGCUCUUUAGGUGAGGACUCGGCACUCCAGACCUGCUGCCCGGCGCCACCCUCAGGUUCUGGUUUUACACCGAAGGAUUCUGACCGGAAGCCUCAACGAAAGAACACUUUUUUUUUUUAUAUCUGUUUUUAUCAUGUUGUGUUUUAACUUGUUUUAAUGCACUGAAUAUUGACUGGGGCAGAGUUUAGUGUUUGUAUCACAUUAACUGGCUUUAACUGACAUUUCAGAUUCAAACAUUUUGCUGUUCUCACACUGGUUGAUCUGUUCACAUUAUGAAUGGUGCAAAGGGUCACGGUUUCUCAGACACAGACUGUGGGUGAUGGAGUUUUUAGGUUCACUGUGUUUCAUGCGUUGUUUGACUGUUUGGUUUUUGCCAUUUCAACUGUUUGCUGUGUUGAAUCGAUUUUAAUAAGGUUGUGAGCUGCACUGACAAACUAACCUGUUAUUUUAGGUUUUUCUUCUCAUCUCUGUGCACCCCACCACAAGAUUGUGCAUCAACCUAAUUAAAAGGUUUAUAUUUUGAUCUCCAGGCAGUCCUGCAGCAUUCUUUGAUUCUCCAGUAUUCAUCGUUCAUCAGCGCUUCGGUGAUUCUCAUCAGGUUGAGUCCGGAACAAUAAAUAGUUCUAAUCUGGAAGAUAUUUACGGGACACUCAUUCAACACAACCGGCGCACUGAUUUUAAAGAAACCUUUAUAAAGUCUGAACAUUUCUGAACAUAAACAUUUGAACAUUUCCAGACAUAUACAAUCCUUUAUAUGAAACAGUAAAUAUCUCUUAUUGUGCACACUCUCGAAGUAAUUCAGAAAAUAAACACUGUUAUCUUUAGCCUGAUCUCUUCUGUCGUGGCAUUUAAAACCUUACAUCUCUGUCACUUGAGGCACUUUCUGAAUGAAGAGGCUGUUGAAGAAACAUGUAAAGCACGACGCCGUGAGACUAUAGCGCCCCCACGAGGCAGCGUUUGGACACAGUCACAGACCAGAUGGCUUCUUUUGGAGUGGAGCCUAGCUUACACACUUAGAACUGAGCAGUUGAGCUUCUCUUUUUCUUUUUCUUUUUACACAGACAUGCUGGCAAUGUGAGGCAGCUACACAUGCAAGCUUAAAUAUAUUUCCACACUGCAGAUUGUUAUGUAAAAAAAAAAAAAAAAACUGGACCAAAAUGAGCUCUGCGACAAAACUCAACACUCCAAUCCUUCAAGUUAUCAUAAAACACGUGUUCCGACAGCUUUUAACAGUUAAAUGCAACUUGUGGUCUCCAUGUGUGUCUCUGAAUAUUCUCCUGAAACAUCUCAGAUGCUUCAAA